CUCCUCCCGCAGGUUUAUAACUGGGCAGGAGGAGUCCACUUCUACAGUGAGAUGGAACUAUCCGAUCCAGAGAAGUCCUACUAACAGAACGCCAGGGGACAGUUGUCACGGCAGGCGUGGCGCUCGUGCCUCCCGAGCAGAUGGACCCCCGACCCCUGUUCCAGGCCGUGGACACCCUGUGCCAGGAUAACAUUAAGCACUUUGGAGAGUCUAAAGCUGAGGUGGGCGCCCGAUUGGUGCAAGCCUUUGCCCGGAUCCAAGAACAGGCACUUGGAGUUGAACCGUCCAUACGUGCCCUGGCUGCAGUUUGCCCACUUUUUGACCUAGACCCUGACACUCCAGCCAACGGAUACCGAAGCCUACUGAAGGUGGUACUUUCCUGUACCCAGCACAUCUUGCACAAGUGCCGGUACAUCACAGCCAGCCGCCACAGCCUCUUCUUUCGAGCCGCCCACAACUGCGCAGAGCUAGAAGCGUAUGGUGCCGCUCUCACCCAGCUGCGGGCACUGCUCUGUUUCGCACAGAGGCUGCUUACUGCCAACCAACAUGGGGAUCUCUUCUUCCGGCAAGAGCGAGGCCUUUCUGAAGAGUUCCUGCGGGAGUACAGCACCAUGCACAAAGGCUGCUUCUAUGGACGCUGCAUGGGGUUUCAGUUCACUCCUUCCAUCCGCCCGUUCCUGCAGACUAUCUCUAUUGGGUUGGUGUCAUUCGGGGAGAACUACAAGCGUCAUGAAUCUGGAAUAACUGAGGGAGCUCUUGUAGCCUAUUAUGGUGUAGCAGCCAGCUCCUUCUUCAUAAGUGGAAGAUACGCCAUGGACCCGGAGCGGCGAGGAGCAGAUUAUGAAAGGAUAACACAAAACCUGGAUGUGAACUUCUGGAAGUCCUUUUGGAACAUCACAGAGAUGGAAUUGCUUGCAUCUUUGGUUGGAAUAGCCACAACAGUUCGCAUCAACAAGAUCCUUUCUGUGCCUCCUGAACCUCUGGAGAUGCCGCUGUCCUCCAAUCCUCAGCUCACCGUCACCAUCAGCCCUCCUGUAGCUCAUAGUGGACCAGGUCCCGUUACCGUGCGUCUCAUCUCUUACCAGCUGCGUGAGGGUCAGGAGAGCGAGGAACUAAACGUCUUCACAAAACCUGAAGGUCCUCUGAGCCUUGACCUUCGUCUCAGAUCUCGCCCGGCCCCCCUCUCUCCAGACCUGAUCAUCCAUUUCCACGGUGGGGGUUUUGUAGCCCAGACCUCAAAGUCGCAUGAGCCCUACCUGAAGAUUUGGGCUCAGGAGCUCGAGGCGCCCAUCCUGUCUGUGGACUACUCUCUGGCCCCAGAGGCUCCUUUCCCAAGGGCUCUUGAAGAAUGUUUCUAUGCCUAUUGCUGGGCUUUGAAACACUGUCGGCUGCUGGGCUCCACAGGUGAAAGGGUCUGCCUGGCUGGUGACAGUGCCGGUGGUAACCUUUGUAUCACCGUAGCAAUGCGUGCUGCUUCUGUUGGGGUUAGACUACCAGAUGGGAUCAUGGUUGCCUAUCCAGCCACUUUAUUACAGGCCACAGCAUCCCCAUCCCGCCUCCUGACCCUGAUGGACCCGCUGCUGCCGCUCAGCGUGCUGUCAAAGUGUCUUAGCGCUUAUGCAGGCACGGAACGAGUCCCUGUGGACGAACGAGCGGUUGAAAAGCAGCAGAGCUCACUGAGUCAAGUAAAACGAGGGACCGCGUUAUUUCUCAGAGACAUCCGACAAGGAGCCGCGUCCUGGCUGAGCAAUCUAAUGGAAGGGAGCAAGGACAGGGCCAAUCCAGACACGGUGAGAAAGAGCGUAUCGGAGGCAGCACUAGCAGAUGAGUCUCUUCUUAACCGCAAGGUGUCUUUAAAGAGCAAAACCUGCCAGGAUCUGAACCGCCAUCAGUACAUGGAGGAAACCAGUUUUGCAGUUGGAACUCCAAACCAGCACAGCGGACAAAGCGGAGCCCCGAACAAACACGCGAAUAGCGGAGCACAGUCCGACGGCGGCUCCUCCUCCUCUGCAAAUAGGCCGCAUUCACCAUCUUCACUGUCCAUCCAAUCAGAAGGCAGCGAGGCGUUGUGUCCCACCAGCCCACAGAAGCCCGUCAAUUUCUUCCUAACAGAGAGCGAGAGUGAGGGCGACGCCUCCUUUGACGGAGAACCUUCUACACACUCUAAAGAGAACAUUCCCCCUGCACACUCCAGUGAGGACCAAUCAUCCCCACAGUCCCCCUCCACUUCUCUUCUGGGCUUUCCAGAAGGAUUUCAGCCCCUGCGCUCUCAAAAUGGCGUGGCCCACAUGACCUUACAGACUUCUGCCAUUGUGGAAAAUCCAUACAUGUCCCCGUUGCUGGCUCCUGACAGUAUGCUGCAAGGACUUCCUCCCAUUCACAUUGUGGCCUGUUCGCUGGACCCGAUGUUGGAUGACUCCGUGAUGUUUGCUAAGAGACUCCGUUCUCUCAACCGACCAGUCACCCUGAAGGUAGUAGAAGAUCUCCCUCAUGGAUUCCUCAGCCUAUCACAGCUGUCACCAGAAACCCGAACCGCCACAACUUUGUGCGUCCAGCGCAUCCGGCAAGUCCUGCGAGAAGAGCCUCCUGCCCCGCCCCCUGCCGCUCCCCGAAAACACCGCAAACUGGAAAGGACGCUGGGGAAGAGCGCAGUGACCGAUCGAGAGAUUGGAGCCUGAAACCCCAUAAAACUUUCUCCAUGACGUGCAAUAGUCAUUUAUUUACAUUUCACACCACUGGUCACUCUGAUUUCACUCUGCGCCCAUUCUGUUGAAUCGCAAAUGCCACCAGCAGAGUUCAAUGUGGUCUCUGAGAAGUAUGGCGCACAUGCUUGGCAAAGGCAUUUGAUGAAGGACAUGCUACACACAUAAGGUGCUUUUUAGUAAAUCUCUGGUUGACAGAGAGCUGCUUUAAA